AGCAGCACAACAACAUCAAGAGUUAAUAUAUAAUAAUAUCAACAACAAUCGCAAGCAGAACGGGUGUGAUAAUCUACAGAGUAAUAAAUAAAUAAACAAACAUAGUGAAAGUAACAAUGCCUGGCUGUGGAGCAAGCAAAAAGUAAACAAAAGCAAAACAAAAUAAAACAAAAAUUCCCAUUCUAAGCUGUUUGUGGUUUUUAAGUACUGUGUGACACUUAAAAUUAAGCAAUGCGUAUGAGAACAGGAACGACAGCUCAUCCGGUUAUUUCCAGGCUUUGGAUGGGCCAAUAAAAGGCCGACGGAUCUAAGCAGUAGGCAUCAGUAAGCCACAACCAAGCAACCAACCAAGUAAUACAGCGAAUCCAUUGAAGGAACUCUCGAAUCACGAUGCGUUUAACACUUUUGGCGUUCAUCGGCGUGCUCUGCCUCGCCUACACCUAUGCCCUGACCGACACCGACGCCGAGGAGCAGCAAAAUGCCGCUCAAAUCGAUUUGCUCAGCCUUGAGAAGGAUGAGAACGCACAUGCCAACGAAGGUCUGCGUGAGGCGCGUCAAGGCUGGGGACGUGGAGGCUGGGGAGGCGGCGGCUGGGGUGGACGCGGAGGCUGGGGAGGCGGCGGCUGGGGUGGACGUGGCGGUUGGGGAGGCGGCGGCUGGGGUGGACGCGGAGGCUGGGGUGGCCGCGGAGGUUGGGGCGGCGGUUGGGGCAGAUAAACUGUCUAAGGCCAACGCCAUC